AUGAGACGUGCGGCUCCUGCGGAUGGCUCUCUCGACGAAGAACGGCCUGAUCACCUCGUCGGGGUGACCUCCGUGAUAGAGCUCCUCCAGCAGGUGGCUGGCUACCCCGGUCCGACCACAAGCUUGGGCAUCAUCAACUUCGAUGCCGUCGCCGCCGCCGCCCGCGGCGUGUUGGUUCGAACGCCGUCUCCUUCGAAAUCGGGCUCCGGCCGCAGAGAGGCCACGGCACUGGGAGUGGCGGCGGGAGCGUGCGCUGCUGAGGGCAACACGCCAGUGAUGGCAUCUUCGCGAAGCAGGAGCAGCAGUAUCAGUAGUUCCGACGAGGCCGUUGUCAGGGAGGAGCUGCAACCAUGGCCAGUGACGACCGGCGGGGGAGUGCAAAGCUCCGCCGCCGAAAAUACCGACCUUCAGCAGAAAGCCCAGCCCUCGAUUGAUCCUGGGUCGGUUGGACCUGCUGCCGCAGGCCCCGCACCCUCGCAGCUGUUGUCGGCGUUGGCGUUGUCUUUUUCCUCCGCGAUGAGUAGCAGAGGGGGCGCCACUGCUCCGGAAGGAAGCAUGUCCGCCGCGGCGGCCGCCGCCGCUACCGCAGGUGUGUCAACCACCGCCGCAACAAGGCUGGGUCGUGUGAUCAAGAAGCCCGUGAGGCUUGAGCACGAAAAACCCGGAAGACAGACCCUGGCCGGUAGGAACGGACGCGCUGACGCGCCGGCGAAGGUAGCAGCCCGGGUCGCUGCCGCCGCCGUCGCUGCCGCCGCUGGUGCCGUUGCCGCUACGAGUGCCACCAACACUGCCACCGGAGAAUCAGCUGCAGGGUUGUCGUGUACCAGCGGCAAGGCUGACAGCCAAGCGCGUGAUGUUAACAUUACCGGGGGGGAAACGACGGCGACGGGGAAAGGGGCGAAGCGUUGCGUGGCGCGCCUCGGCACGGCGCCGGGCAGCGAAGGCGUCGUCGGUCCAGGAGACCAGAGCGUUCUGCCGUCGGCUGGAAAUGGUAGCAUCGCGAUGAGUAAUGCCUCGGGUACCGCGAGCGAUGCGUCGUCGUCUCCUGCAGCAAGCUCUGUCGUCAGGAUGGCGCUGCCGGCGGACGUGCGCACGGCAGGAGCGCCACCGAGGGGAAGGGACGCCGACGAGACCGGUGGCGACGGGGGCGGAAAUUCCUCGAGGAGAUCGCGAGAUUCGGUCAGGGAACGCGAUCGUAUGGUAUUGCCGGACCCUCCGCCGAAAAGACCUGUUGGAGAGCUCGGCCCGGUGCCCGAAGACGCGAUCAAGGAGUACAAGCGCGCCUUUGAUGAUGUCGUUUGGCCCGGGCUUGCGCAGGAGUUCGGUUGGAAGAGAGUACGCGGUCCCCGUCCAAGUGACGUGUACUACCUCCCGCCAGGGGUCGUUCGGGGACAGAACGGCGCGAAGUGCCGCGUGGACUACUUCGACAGCAACAGACAGGUGUUGAUCCACAUGGCGGAGCGCGAAGAAAAGUUCAGUGACCUUCUGGAGAGGGCUUGGGCGGAGGCAAUCGCAAAGCCAAGGGUGCUCGGGAGAAAAGGCGGGGGUGGCGGAGGUUCGAAACGAAGGAGGCGCUGGACGGAGCUGCCAAGGCGGAAAUCGACGAUGAUGAAGAAGGAGUAUCCCAAGAAGGUUUCUUUGGUGGGAACAGCGCAUCAGGUGGACCCUCUGAACUUGCCCGUUCCCGUGUCGAGCGAGGACUACGUGCCUCCAGAGGACGUGCUGUUCGAGCAGGUGUGGGACCCGAGCGUCGUGGUUCCCUCUCCGAAAGGCGUGGGCGCCCCUCGGGAGCUUGCCGAGCUCGUGAAAGAGUUUGCCGGGGUGGUGAGCCAAGACAAGUGUCUGGAGAUCGUUCAUCGCUUCGAAGGGGACUACGGUGAGGCUCGCAAGUUGCUUAGAAACCUCUCGCGGUCGUGGAAGUCCCGUUACCUGGUCGCCUCGAAUUCGACGAGGGAGACGGCGUCAGCAAAGGCCAUCGUGGCCAGAGAAACCGCCGCGCGCCUUGCAGCUGCACCGCCGCCGUCUUCAUCGUGGUCCUCGUCGUCAACCAAAGGUGGCGAUCCCGACGUCGCUCGUGGUUGUGGUGGUGGGUGUCCGAUUGUGGCGGGUUCGACGACGGUGACUGCUAACACAACAAGAAGCGCGGUGGCUUGGGGAGGGGGUGCGGCGGCGGUGGCUGCCCGAGGUGCCGGUGGGGGCGUUGUCGGCGGCAGCAGCGGCGGCGCCAGCCGCGGCGGUCGCGGUCACGUUGGCCUUGCAGGCGCCCCGGGGAUACAGGACGCGUUCUGGUGUCGCCCGCUGAAAUCUCUCGCAGGAGGCGAGGCCGCGUUGAAGCGGCAGGUGCAAGGAGGCGUGUCCAGCAUCCCGCCGGGGGCCAGGAGCAAGGACAAGCUGUCGCUGGACUUGAACUUAGCGCGGCCGUGGCUCCCCCACGAGGCGGCCAUGUACACGAGGGCAAUGCUCGAGGAGGGGUCAAAGAACUUCUACGCCGCGCAGGCCUGUGGAGGGUGCCACGCAGGAGGAGACCUCAUCUGCUGCGACGGUUGUGAGGCCGUGUAUCACCCGGAGUGCGUGGGGCUAUCUGUCGUCCCGGAGGGAGACUGGUUCUGCCCGGCGUGCGUCAUUCGCAGGAAAAAGGAGGCCGAAAGGCCGUUAGGACAGGCAUCGUCCUCCUCCUCCUCUUGGGCCGCAGGGGGGAGUUCUGCUCGUCUUGCCGGCGCUGCGUCGGGCCGGGGGCGGGUGGACUCCGCGGUGGCGGCCACCAAGCGCGGAACGACCGCUGGCGCUGCCGGUGCCCAGCUAGGGCGAACAGCAGCGAUCAAAGCGACCAAUGGUGCUCCCGCGGGGAAAACGUCGGCCGCAGCAGGCGAUUGGGGCUGCCUCGGCUGCAAGCACCGCAACCGAGCUGAGGACACACGGUGUCGUCGGUGCGAGGGGCUCAGGUUGGUCGGAGCGGAGAUUAACUUGAAAGGGGUUCCGCGCCAGGCUGAGGCUCCUCCGGCUGCGGCUCCCCUCGUGGGCAAGGCUCCCGCGGCUGAUUCUGUCCCCAUCGCCGCCGCUGAGCCCACCGGUGGUGUGAAGCCGCCGCCUCCCGCGCCGAGCGCCGAGUCCGCUGCUUCGAGUAACGCCUCUGCCGUCGCCGACACCCAGGCAAAUGCUGAACCGCGCGAUGCCGCCGUGGCUCUAGCUGCUUCCGACUGUUCCACCCGCGCUUCUCUAGCCUACACAGCCGCACCCGCUCCUCUUGCUUCGAGUGACCCGUGGGCGCCGGCGGCGGCGCCGGCGGUGCGACCGGCCCAAUGGGGCUGCCGCGUGUGCUCCACGUUAAAUAAGCACACCGAGGCCGUUUGCGUGAGCUGUGGCACGCGCAAGGAAGACAAGGUCAAGCCUGUAGACGAAGGGAAGGCGGCCGAGUGGUGGAACGGUCGAAAGUGCUCCCGCAACGACAACCAACAACACGACGGCACCACACGCAGGGUCUGCUCGGCUGUUGGGGGCGAUGACGAGCUGCAGGUAGAGGUGGGAUUGGAGGUGGGGGAAGAAGUGGAGGGAGAGGAAGAGGACGAGGAGGAGGAGGAGGAGGAGAUAUCUGUGGGAUUGGACGAAGAAAUCUCGGUCGGGGAGGAUCGGCAGGGUCUAGCGCCCCCUCUCUCCGGGAUGACCUCAACGUUUGUGCAGCUCUAAAGUACACAGAGCUGUUUUGGUAUGACAGCAGCAGCCUCGCAGCAGCAGCCACGCCCGUCGCUGCUUGCAAAAUUUACACUUACUUGUUGGAGACCGCUGACUGACUAUCGAGGGAGCAGAGGCGACGACACCGGCGGCAGCAUGUACACGCCCGAGGUGAAUGAACAAAUAGCAUUUGUUGUUGUAUCGGAACGGAGAGAACGCGGAACGUGUGCGAAGUAGCAGCGAUCCUGCAGGUUCCCGCUUGCUCCGACUGUUUUUAAAGGAACGUGUGUCGCUAGGCCACAAGCAUGUGCGUUGUGCCGAACGGAACAUUACGUGGGUCGGUUUUCGGGGUGUUGGUCGCCUGUGACGUUCCUGCGUAACGUAAAAGUAGUAGUUAGCGCCGCCCCCGCUUGGUUGCGAUUUUACUGGUCGCCGGUUUCGACCGCCGUCGAGUGUUUGUAGAUGAGAGCGGCAUGUUGUGCGUGGCCGUCAUGAGUGUGUUUGAAAAGGGUGGUGUUUUUUUCAUGUACUCCGGGGGAUGGAUAUGUUUUGGCGAAUUGAC